AUGUCCGUUUCGGAGUUCUCGUGGAUACUGGAGGCCUUUGCUGGAACUCUGCAGGUGGUAGAGUUGGUGGACGCAGUCUUCUGGGCGAUGUGGGACUUUACUGAUUUCUUCCCGGUACUCCGCUACCUCAGAGAUAAUCUGCACCUACAUUCAUUGAUACUGGAUGGUCUGAGGGUUGGUUGGAAGCACUGCGACGGUACAGGAGAACCCGUAGCCAAGGGAAGAUUCUGGACCGGGGACCAGCAGAUUCGAGCAGGACUCGAUGUCCUCCUGGAAUUCGAUGGCUAUGGUUGGGAUGAUGACGACUCAGAAGUUUGGCGUGAAGAACAUGUCAGACGCGCUGAGUCGAGAGUUCGGGGCAUGGUCUACUCGGAACAUGAGCAUUCAAUGAGCCACGAAGCUUUCCUCGAGUGGAAGGCGGAACAGCAGAGGCAUCUGGACUCAGAUAUAAUGUACUACGAAGAGUGGAAAGCAAACAAGGCGAAGGUGAAGGAGGCGAUGGACAGAGUCGAGGCAGGAGAGUUCAGCACUUGA